GUGCGACAGGUGCAAGGUGUGCCGCGACGUGGCAGCCUGUUGCCCGUCGCUGAUUCUCCGCAAACUUUGCAGGCGCACCAAGUUUUUCAUCAGACCGAGCCUUGGACCGGAGACCGCGUCUUGUUGGUAGGCUACACGACCCUGCAUACAUCAGACUUGUCUUCAGAUCAGAAACAGCUGUUGCAUACCCUUGGCUUUGUCUUGCCUUCCGGGCAACUAAAGGAGGGGGGCGAGGAAGGCCGCGACAACUUGACCGACACUACCCUAGACAAACCUGGCUUUAACACCCCCCGGCCUGCUGCCACCUCCGGGGCACCGAGGGUUCUUAGCACCCCUUCUGGAGGGCCCACCCAGGAGGCUCCUGCUAGCGCCCCUGAGGAAGGGACCACUCCUCAGGCACCUCAUCCCACGCAUGCGACCGUCAAUCCAGGGGCAACUGCUGAGGAAAGCACUGCACAGGCAUGUGAACCUGCACAGGUGAUCGAGGUGCCGAGCUCAGAGGAUCAAGACGAGGAGGCGGAAGGUUUCGAUGCCGCGACUAGCCGGUGGCGACCGCUGGCUCGUGAUGCCACGGCGACUUCGCGCGAGUGGGGGCAUGCCGAUGCAAUCCGAGAGCUUCUCUAUAAGACAGUGCACAAAGCCAUCAAGGACCCCAGGGCUGCCGCCUUUGAGCUUGCCACCGGCCGUCUCAAGGUGUCCCCGUUUGAUGAAUCAACUAUCCGAGAGGUGCGCACGCAGAUUGCUGCGAUGCUUCCUGACCCCACGGCUGCUAUGGAGGUUCCUACAGGGCAGCCCUUCAUGCUGCACUUGCUAUCGCAAUCACUUGAGGUGCUGGGGGAUCCUGACUUCGAGAUCUUGGACCAUGGGUCGGAAUCAUUCGCAGAGGGCGUACCACUUGGUUGGGAUAA